AUGAUUGCAGGCGCAAAGGAAUUCAAGAUCGCCGUCAUCCCUGGCGACGGCAUCGGCGUGGAGGUGAUGCCUUGGGGAGUCAAAUGUCUUCAAGCGAUCGCAAAGGUCUACGGGUUAUCGUUGAAGUUUGAGGAAUUCGACUUCUCCUCGAUCAACUACUACCUCAAGCAUGGCCAGAUGCUUCCGGACAAUUGGAAAGAACUGCUUUUGCCCUUUGACGCCAUCUACUUCGGCGCUCAGGGAAACCCUGCCAUUGCCCCGGACCAUGUCAUUCUCUGGGGAUCCCUGAUUAAAAUUCGACGCGAAUUCGACCAAUACAUCAACCUCCGGCCAUGUCGUCUCAUGAAGGGCGUGCCGACGCCGCUCAAAGACCGUCAGCCCGGCGACAUUGACUUUGUGGUCGUCCGGGAAAACACAGAGGGCGAAUACAGCGGCGUCGGUGGCAGGCUGUUCGAAGGUACCGAGAGAGAAGUUGUGCUUCAGCAAACGAUCAUGACCCGCGUGGGUGUCGAUCGCGUGAUGAGAUACGCCUUUGACCUUGCACGAUCAAGGCCUCGCAAGCGCCUCACCAGCGCCACCAAGAGUAACGGCCUGGCUAUCUCGAUGCCAUACUGGGACGAGCGUGCCGCUGCCAUUGCACAAGAAUAUCCCGAUAUUCACACCGACAAGUACCACAUCGACAUUCUGAGCGCUCAUGUUGUCCAGAAACCACAAAUCUUCGACGUCGUGGUCGCGAGUAACCUCUUCGGCGACAUCCUGUCUGAUCUAGGUCCAGCCUGCACUGGCACGAUCGGCAUCGCACCCAGCGGGAAUAUCAACCCCGAGAGGAAAUUCCCCAGUCUCUUUGAACCGGUGCAUGGAAGUGCCCCGGAUAUCGCUGGGAAGGGGAUUGCAAAUCCCGUUGGCAUGAUCUGGGCUGGCCAGAUGAUGCUUGAAUGGUUCGGGUUCAAGGAACCGGCCGCAACACUUUUGGACGCCAUAGAGACUGUGUUGGCAAAAGGCGACCUGUCUGUCAACACGCCAGACAUGGGCGGACGUGGAACCACGGCUGGACUGGGAGGAGCCAUCGAGGAGGAAAUAUUGAGGCGAGCAAAGUAG